CUUACCAGUAACUUUCGUUUGGGAUGUUCUGAGUUAUUUCCUUUGAACUGGCGUUUAGAGCGCAUCUCCUUUAGCCCUGAUUUGGAAUCUAUCCGAGGGAAAUGGCGGGGUCGGAGAAGCAGCUUACAUCGUUUUUCAUUGAAGAUAUCCUCUCAAUUAAAGAAGAGAAACGACGAACCUCAAGUUGCGGUGACAUACGGGAUGACAGUUCUGAAUGGAGAACACAGCAAACUACUGAAAAACCUCUAUCACUGGAAAUGAGAACAGAGGAAUCACCACAUGACACAACAGAAUCUAUCGAGUCAUCUGACUCGAGCACUGCACCAUCAUCAGACAGUACCAAACACAAGCGUUCGCGGGCUGCGUUCACACACCUGCAAGUCUUGGAGUUGGAGAAGAAGUUCAAUCACCAGAAAUACUUAUCUGCGCCAGAGAGAGCUCACCUUGCCAGCAGUCUGAGACUAACGGAGACGCAAGUCAAAAUAUGGUUCCAAAACCGUAGAUACAAAACCAAACGGAGGCAACUAGCUUCGGAAUAUGGGAAAGACUGUUACCAAAAGCCGGAGGGACUUCCCUUUUCUGUCACGGAAGAGGAUUUGCGUCGAGCGUCACUUUUGGCAACUAUCUACAAAUCCUAUCCACACCAACCGUACAGGCCGUAUGGCUAUGAUUUGAAUGGAUUUGUUAUAAACGGUGUGUGGAGGGGAGCCGUAUGGUAAUCAAGACUUAAUACGGACAAUUUGAGUGUUUUCAGGGUAUUUCUUGCCUGUAUGUUAUAAACAAUAAAAACAUAUUUUUCAGUA